AUGCCAUCAAAUUCUAGUUACAUUGCUCCAUCAUUGACCUCAAGCUCAAGCUUUUCCAUUCCAACAGAACCUUCAUUUACUAAGUCAAAGACUAAAACAAAAUCCAAAUCAAAGACAAAAACAAAGACUAAAACAAAGUCUUCAAGUGAAUAUUCUUCAAGUUCAUCUGAAUUAUCAUCAGACAGUUCUUUGACUGAAAGUUCAUCGCUAUUAUCAAGCUCUUCAGAUAUUUCAAGCUCUUCAGAUAUUUCAAGCUCUUCAGAUAUUUCAAGCUCUUUCGUUCCAUCGAGUUCUUUUGUUCCAUCAUCAUCAUCAUCAUCAUCAUCAGAUGUUUCUUCAAGCUCAUCUGUUACUCCAAGCUCUUAUACCUCAUCUAGUGAAUCAAAAUCAAGCUCUGAUAGCUACACAUCAGAUACUGCUUCUUCACAAAGUUCUUCAUCAAGUAUCACACCAUGCCCAACUUGUACACCAAGCUCUUCAAUUUUUUCAAGUUCAACUGAAAGUUCCUCAAGUGAAGCUUCAAGCUCCUCUUUGUCAUCAAGUGAAACUCAAUCAAGCACAUCGGGAUCCUCUUCAAAGGUUUCCUCAAGUUCAGCUAGCUCAUCAGGUUCUUCAAGCUCAUCAGAUGUUACACCAUGUCCAACUUGCACUCCAAGCUCUAGUGAGACUUCUCCUGUUCCACCAUCUUCUUCAUCAACUACGGUCUCAAGCUCCACUGUUUCAUCUUCAUCUUCACAAUUUGAUUCCAGCUCCACAGAUGUUAAAUCAAGUUCAAGUGAUAACAAUAGCUCAAGUUUCCCAGGUACUUCAAAAGUAUCAUCAACAUCUGUUACACCUUCAGGGUCACAAACAUCUGGAUCUUCCUCAUCAUCACCAUCCAGUUCUACAAAUAAAUCAACACCAGAUGUUCCAGUUGUUCCAACCAAUCCAUCGGUUCCAGGUACCUCAGCUACACCAUCAACAAUAGUAUCUACAACAACUGUUACCCCAUCUAAUCCAAAUGUUCCAGAUAUUUCAAGUACACCAUUAUCCUCAAGAUCUUCAUCAUUCAUAACACCAGAUAAGCCAGUUAACCCAACUGCUCCAGUUAAUCCAUCAGGUCCUGUUACAUUGGUCUCUACAACAACCGUUACACCAACUAAUCCAAAUGUUCCAGGUACUUCGGAUACACCAAGAUCUCCAGAAUCUCCAUCAUCUACAACACCAGCUAAUCCAUCAGCUCCUGGUACAUCAGGAUCACCAAAUGAACCUACUAGACCAGUUUCACCAGGUACUUCAUCAGUUCCAGCUAUUCCAGAUGUUCCAGGUAAUCCAUCAACCCCAGGUAACUCAGGUGUUCCAAAAACUUCAACAACACCAGGUUCCCCAGGUUCCCCAGGCUCUUCAAAUACCCCUGCUACACCAAGAUCACCAUCUGCUACACCAGUAAACCCGGAUACCCCAAAAUCACCAGGUAACUCAGAAACUUUAUCAACAUCAACCAUUGUUACACCAGGCUCACCAACAUCUUCAGCUACACCAAAUGUUGAUAUACAAACCUCAACUACUCCAGGUGGAAAUACACCAAUUGAAACACAAGGUACAUCUAGUUUAUCAUCUGUUUCACCAUCAGGUUCACAAUCAGCUCCAUCACCAAGCUCACCACAAUCAAUCGUUACAGGUUCUGGUUCAUCCAGUGUACCAAACAUUUCUACAUUUGAAGCUUCAGCUAUGAAGCAAGGAGUCUCCAAAUUUGCUGUUUUAGCUGUUUUAUUCUUUCUAUGA